AACACAAGAAACCUGUGGGUACCUCUCAUGAGCUUUGUCUUCUGCCUAACUACUAUCUCUUAACUUCCUCAAGUUAAUCAUACUCAUGUCGUUUCCGUUUUGGUUCCAUCUUUGUUCUAAACAAGAGCUGGCUGGGAGAAUUGAAUGCGGAAUUCCACAUUCAGAUCCCUCUCUCAGCUUGUUUGAGUUUUCCUUCUUCAGGGAGACACUUGCAUGUCGUUGAAUAUCAUCUCAGUAUAAUAAACUGUCACGUCACAUUUUAAAUGAAUGUUUUGAGUUGAAACUCGAAGUGGACGUUGCCUGGUUGAUUAUCUGUUACUUAAGAGCAAAAUAUGUUGAAACGUACAACUUCCUGUUCCUUUGGUAGCAUUGGGCCAGUAGAAGCAGUCUUGUGAGUUUAACAGCAGUAAUGGGAAUAACGGCGAUACUUUUUUCAGUAACAAGUAAUCUAACGGACUACUAUUCCCACCAACAUGACGCUGUUACCGUUACUUCCAAAAAAUGCGGGGCAUCACUAUAAUUGGGGCAGUUUUUUUAAUCAGACCAAUUGGUUCUCUCUCUCUCCUCUCUCUUUACUGUUCUUCCUUGGUUAGUUGGCACGAGACAAUCGCAUUAAUGAUAACGAUUGGCUGAGGUAGAGUUACAUCUCACGGUGAGCCAAUCAGAGGUAGAGUUGGGCGGGGGUUGUUAACAAAUAUUCGAAAGCAUGCAUAGUUGGAAACACAAUGGCAGAAGUGAGUAAAUGAGAAACAGGAAGGAGGAGCCCAAAUAAUCCAAAAGACAGCCUUCUUUAAAAGAAAGUGUAGCCAUUAUUUUUCCCUCCAAGAAAUUAAAGGAACAAGCUUAAUCUUGAAAUGCACAUUAUGCCCUGGACAAAAUAUUUCCGUGCAUGAACAUGCACAUGUAUUUUGAGUUCCGUUAAAGAGGGAUGGAGGUGGACGUGGGGUCCAAAUUAUUUGUCACAUUUGAUAAUUAAAAAAUGUACUUGAAAGUAACGCAAUUGUAACGCAAUACUUACUUUCCAGAUUAACUAGUUACUUUUAUAAUUCAUAACAGAGUAACUACUUUGGUUAAUUUUUGGGAGAAGUAACUAGUUACUGUAACUAAUUACUUUUUUAAAGUAACUUGCCCAAAACUUAUUACAAAUAACAUGUUCAUUCUCAGAAACGCCAACUUCAAUGACAGCAGCAACAACAACUACGCAAACUCCAGCUACAGCACCUUCAGUUCUAACUACAGAUUAUUUUGUCACAGAAACGCCCACUUCAACGACAGCAGCAACAACAACUACGCCAACUCCAGCUACAGCAUCCUCAGUUCCAACUACGGAAUAUUUUGUCACGGAACCGGCAACUUCAACGACAGCAGCCACAACAACUACGCCAACUCCAGCUACAUCACCCUCAGUUCCAACUACAGAUUAUUUUGUCACAGAAAUGCCAACUUCAACAACAGCACCGGCAACAACUCUGCCAACUCCAGCUACAUCACCCUCAGUUCCAACUACAGAUUAUCUUGUCACAGGUAAGGUCAAACUUUCGAUAUUUGAUCCUAUGAUAAAAGUAACAGCACUUUGCUGAUAACAAAUAACUUGUCGCUCAAGUUUGUCGCUUUACACUUAUUCUUGCGCUUAUUAGGGCUGGCCCGAAUGCCAUUUUUCAGGCUUCGAAUACUCGUUGGAUUUUCCGAGCGAAUAUUCGAAUACUCGUUCCAGAAAAACGCAGCAUCAAAAACAACACUAAUAAUACCUAUAUACUCCCUGGAACCAAUUUUGACAGUAUCUGCAUAUUUUGUUGAAGAUUUAAUAGCUUUUGAACGUUAAUUAGUUGGCCUAAGUAAGUUGGAGUUUCUUAGUUUUUCCCCGUGGAAGCGAACAGCUGUUGUUCCGUUCCAAAUCAGCUGUAUUCUGCCAUCUCAGCCCUUAUGGGAGCUUUUCAAUUCAUCCUGGAACGUGCAUCUUUUCAGGGACUUUGUACAAUAAAUCCAUAACAAAUACCGAAUAUUGAUUGUCUUAUGUGUCCAUAUUGUAUCCAUUAUAUUGACCGGGUAUUCCCAAG